AUGAAUGCAGAUAGUGAUGUUAUAGAUGUGAGUAUGAAUGCAGAUAGUGAUGUUAUAGAUGUCAGUAUGAAUGCAGAUAGUGAUGUUAUAGAUGUGGGUAUGAAUGCAGACAGUGAUGUUAUAGAUGUGAGUAUGAAUGCAGACAGUGAUGUUAUAGAUGUGGGUAUGAAUGCAGACAGUGGUGUUAUAGAUGUGAGUAUGAAUGCAGAUAGUGAUGUUAUAGAUGUGGGUAUGAAUGCAGACAGUGGUGUUAUAGAUGUGGGUAUGAAUGCAGAUAGUGAUGUUAUAGAUGUGAGUAUGAAUGCAGAUAGUGAUGUUAUAGAUGUGCGUAUGAAUGUAGAUAGUGAUGUUAUAGAUGUGGGUAUGAAUGCAGAUAGUGAUGUUAUAGAUGUGAGUAUGAAUGCAGAUAGUGAUGUUAUAGAUGUGGGUAUGAAUGUAGAUAGUGAUGUUAUAGAUGUGGGUAUGAAUGUAGAUAGUGAUGUUAUAGAUGUGGGUAUGAAUGUAGAUAGUGAUGUUAUAGAUGUGGGUAUGAAUGCAGACAGUGAUGUUAUAGAUGUGGGUAUGAAUGCAGAUAGUGAUGUUAUAGAUGUGAGUAUGAAUGCAGAUAGUGAUGUUAUAGAUGUGGGUAUGAAUGCAGAUAGUGAUGUUAUAGAUGUGGGUAUGAAUGCAGACAGUGAUGUUAUAGAUGUGAGUAUGAAUGCAGACAGUGAUGUUAUAGAUGUGGGUAUGAAUGCAGACAGUGGUGUUAUAGAUGUUGGUAUGAAUGCAGAUAGUGAUGUUAUAGAUGUGAGUAUGAAUGCAGACAGGAUGUUAUAG